AUGGAUCAGUUACCUGAAGAAUUGCUCUUGAGAAUACUGUCGUUUCUGCCUACAAUGAAUGAUGUUGUGGCCACAAUGGAAGUCUCUUUGGAUGUUUGUGCCAAAACUCACAGGUCUUUGUUUCUGCACGAGGCUCCAGUUAUAGAAACUUUGCAUUUCAAACUUGGUCAAACAUGUGGUGCUGAAGAUAUUAGAGUCUGGAUUAGAGCUGCAGAAAAGUGUUCUGUGCGUGAACUGCAUAUCAAGUUCGUCAGCCCUCCUCCUAGUGCAUCUCCAACCAUACUUCCGAGGAGCAGAAUGCUUGUUACCUUGAGACUAAUUGACGUGGUUCUUGUGGACGAUCGUCCUGAUGAUAAUGUGACUAUUUUCACCAUUAGAGUGCCUUCUCUAAAGCUUCUACGGAUGUUGAGGACAUUAGAAAGAGAUAGUGAUAAUGCACAUGGUUUUGUGAUAGAUGUUCCUUCUUUGGAGACGUUGGAAAUACGUGAUUUUACGGAUGGAGGUAUCUUCUUCUUACUUGCAAGUUGUGGUUUCUAUCAUUCUGCCAUCUGCACGAUUGGAAAUAGUUGGUAUUCUUGCGAUCAGGAUGCACAUCAUGUUGGUAGUAUCUUCCACCAUCUUGUAGAGGUAACGCUAUGCACAUGUGAUGAGCAGUGGUUGAACCUACUUCUUCGUUUGCUUGGAGAUUCCCCUAAAUUACGAUCUCUCAGACUUAGUCAGUACCAUGCGGUCCAUGACAAUCAGGAUGACGAACCGAGCCCCUGCUGGAUUAAACUGAGUUCAGUUCCUAAAAUGUUUGUUAUCGAGUUUAGAAACUCUAGAAUGGAGAGACUAUGA